GCUGAGCUGCAGGCAUCGCAUCGGCCGCUUUGCUUCGCUCUCUCCUCUCCCCGCUCCGCUUUCCGCCGCGGCGCACGGCCCGCGAAUUCCAAUUCCGGCCGCACAAGCCAGGGAGGGAGCCAAAGCCCAAGCCAAGCAUAUUCACCCGCCGAGCGCGUGGAUCUGGCGGCGCGCAGCCGCAGCAGCAGAGGCGGCGGCUCGCGAGAAGGAGCCUCCUCCGCCGGUCGGUCGGUGGGGGCGGGUCGUCUAUAAAUGGCGACCGAGGGGAGCGGCAGCGGCGUCGCGGGAGCGGCAGGAGGGGAGGCGCCGGCGCCCUCUGCUUCCAACGGGGACCGCACGAGGAGCGGCCCCCCGGCCGCGGGGUCAUCCUCCGCAGUAGAUGACAGAGGCCUCCAUAGAGCAAGUACCAUGCCAGGGGUGAUUAAGAAUGAUGAAAUAACCAAUGAAACUGCAGGCCCAUCAAAUUUGGAAAGGUCCAGAACUGAGCGUCGCCGGCAAAGCAAUCCAGCUGAUGAUCCUGCUAAACAGUUAUUUGAUGAAAGGAUUCCAAUAAAAAAGAAGCUCAAAAUGCUAAAUCGGAUUGCUACAGUAAAAGAUGAUGGAACUGUGGUUGUUGAUGUACCAAGUGGUUUGGAACCAGCUGCAGCUGGUGGGACAGAGGAUGGUUAUACUGAAGUUGCUGUUGACGAAUCAUUGGAUGGAACAGACAUACCAUACAGGCCUCCUAUGCAAAUUGUUAUACUUAUUGUGGGUACACGAGGAGAUGUGCAACCAUUUGUUGCUAUAGGAAAACGCUUACAGGAUUAUGGGCACCGUGUGCGAUUGGCAACUCAUGCCAACUUUAAGGAGUUUGUACUAACAGCUGGCCUGGAGUUUUACCCGCUUGGUGGAGAUCCCAAAGUACUUGCUGAAUACAUGGUGAAGAAUAAAGGAUUCCUACCUUCGGGACCAUCAGAAAUUGCUAUUCAAAGAAAACAGAUUAAAGAAAUAAUAUUUUCUUUGCUGCCCGCAUGCAAGGAUCCUGAUCCUGACACUGGCAUUCCUUUCAAAGUAGAUGCAAUUAUUGCGAACCCACCUGCUUAUGGACAUACGCAUGUGGCAGAAGCACUAAAAGUACCAAUUCAUAUAUUCUUUACCAUGCCAUGGACGCCAACUAGUGAAUUUCCUCAUCCUCUUUCUCGUGUCAAGCAAUCUGCCGGAUAUCGACUUUCAUAUCAAAUUGUGGACUCAAUGAUUUGGCUUGGAAUAAGAGAUAUGAUAAAUGAAUUUAGAAAGAAAAAGUUGAAGCUGCGCCCUGUAACAUACCUAAGUGGUGCACAGGGUUCUGGCAAUGACAUUCCUCAUGGAUACAUUUGGAGUCCUCAUCUAGUCCCCAAACCAAAAGAUUGGGGCCCCAAGAUUGAUGUUGUUGGAUUUUGCUUCCUUGAUCUGGCUUCCAAUUAUGUGCCUCCUGAACCACUUGUGAAAUGGCUUGAAGCUGGUGACAAGCCCAUAUAUGUUGGUUUUGGUAGCCUUCCAGUUCAAGAGCCACAAAAGAUGACUGAAAUUAUUGUCAAAGCACUGGAAAUUACUGGACAGAGAGGUAUCAUUAACAAAGGCUGGGGUGGCCUUGGGACCUUGGCAGAACCAAAAGAUUUUGUAUAUCUACUGGACAACUGCCCUCACGACUGGCUUUUUCUGCAGUGUAAGGCAGUGGUGCAUCAUGGUGGUGCUGGAACUACAGCUGCUGGUCUUAAAGCGGCGUGUCCUACAACUAUUGUACCUUUCUUCGGUGACCAACCUUUCUGGGGCGAUCGGGUGCACGCAAGAGGGCUAGGGCCUCCACCAAUUCCAGUUGAUCAAUUUGGUUUGCAGAAAUUGGUUGAUGCUAUAAAGUUCAUGCUGGAACCAGCGGUGAAAGAGAAGGCUGUGGAGCUGGCUAAAGCCAUGGAAUCUGAAGACGGGGUGACAGGUGCUGUUAGGGCAUUCCUCAGACACCUGCCUUCAAAAACUGAGGAACAGAGUCCCCCACAAUCAUCAAGCUUCCUGGAGUUCCUAGGCCCAGUAAGUAAAUGUUUGGGCUGCUCAUAGUGCACUACACAUCGAUCAUGAUAUACAAUUCGUCGUUUGAGGAAGAGAGGGGUUAUUGUAUCUCAUGGAAUGUGCUCUUAUGUCAGUAUGUGCUUAAAAAAUGUUACGCCCAAUGUAAGAAGCCGGGCCCUCCCAGAGUGUGCGUUGUGCAGUUCUUUUCUUGUUUCCCCCUUUUUACCCCUCUAGGUAUUUGAUGUGUAAAGAGUGCUUGUCUGGUGUGGUUAGCAUGCGGCGUGCGUAAUUUUGAUCUGAAAGUUUGACGUGCGGCAAACGAGGAUCUCACAUCUGCAUGGCCAAUCCAUUUUGUAUAUGACAAACUGAAGAGGUUCUUUUAGUUCAAUUGCUUGUAGCAACA